UUUCUGAAUGCAGGAUGUGGAGUUACUGCUGUCUCCACCACAAAAAUAGAGUCUCCGACUAGCCCAUUCUGUCGAAAGUCUGCGGGAGCUGCCCCCGAGGUGGAUGAGUUCGGGAGAUGCCGUUCCCUAGAGCCGAUGUCCUCGUUUCGAUUAGCGGUCAUCCAAUGGCGUCCGUCCACGUGACAUGGACCUGAUCACAGCGGACCAACUCCUUCCCGCCCUAUUCUCCUGGGUUGUCUUUACUUGUGACAGAGCUUCCGAUGUCCGGCAAUCAGCGAGGUCACCGGAUGCGUUGUUGCAUAUCUCCAAAUCUGAAAGCAAAAUGGUAGAAUCUUUCGGAGUUAUCGGGAUCCCAUCGACCGUGAGAAUCAUCUUUGUCGGGUCAUCUAUGGAAAUGUGAGUCUUGUAUGUUUUGGUGCGAGCUCAAGCUAUUGUAGCGGAGUUGCGCUAGGUCAGCUGAGAGUUCAUUGUGAACGGGGAAGAAUUGUCUUUGGCAGGGCUUUUGGAUUGUGGGUGGUGGGUGGGAGGUAGACCUGAGGUUUUGGAGGAGUUGGAGCGAUGGAUCUGGAUUCGGAGGACAUAGCGGAGUCGAUAGCAUUGAAGGCGGUGUCCUUGACGCAUGUGAGGUAUGCGAAAGGUGAUCUCCUUGGCCAUGCUCUGUCGUGGUUCUCUUUGCUUCCCGUGUUCAUCGGCCUGGGCGGCUUCACGUCGCAUUUUAUUUUCCGGCGGGAGCUGCAGGCCAUUUUCUUUGGCUUGGGAUUGAUUGUCAACGAAGUGAUCAAUCAGAUUAUCAAGGAAUUAGCCCAUGAAGCGCGCCCACUUACUUGUAAAGCCCUGGAGAUGUGCGAUUCCAACGGCUGGCCCUCAAGUCAUUCGCAGUACAUGUGCUUCUUCUCUAUGUACUGCACUCUUCUCGUCACUCGCAGGCUCCAUUUCACUGAUGAAUUCCGGCGAGUCUUUGUUGCUUUGUUACCUUGGCCGUUUGCCCUAACUGUGAUGUACUCUAGAGUUUAUUUAGGGUAUCAUACCACUGCCCAAAUUAUUGCUGGGGGGAGUUUAGGUCUCCUGCUUGGUUCCGGAUGGUUCUUUCUCAUGGAUAUCAUUGUCUCCCCUUGGUUUCCAUGGUUGGAGGAUACGAGCAUAUGUCAGUAUCUGCGCAUCAAAGAUAGCUCACAUAUCCCUGACGUCAUUGGUUUUGAGUAUAGGAACUCAAGAGUUGCACGUCGGAAUUUACAGAACAAUGCUACUUCUAAGAGUAGCUCUGAAAAAUUGUCUCAAGAUUAAUUGUGGGACACACACAAGCCCCUUGGGGGAAUUGAAUUUCUAGUGCGCAGAUUUGAAGCGGCCAUUCAUCUAGUAGUA